CACGCACGCGCCCCCAGCCCCGGCCCGAGGCCUCGGCCCGCGCCCCCUGGCUCGCCGCCCCCCGGCCCCGCGGGCCCCGGCUCGGCCGCGCAGCAUGCAGCAGCAACACCCGCGGCGGCGGCGACGGCGGCGGCUCUGAGAUGGUGGACGCGGGCGGCUGCCCGACCGGGGAGGGCUGGAGGAGGAUGGAGGCCGCGCCCGACGGCGCCGUGGACAUCGUGCCGCUGGACCGCUACGACCCGGCGCGGGCCAAGAUCGCCGCCAACCUGCAGUGGAUCUGCGCCAAGGCCUAUGGCCGAGAUGACAUCCCGGAGGACCUCAGGGACCCCUUCUACAUCGACCAGUACGAGCAGGAGCACAUCAAGCCUCCGGUCAUCAAGCUCCUGCUGUCCAGCGAGCUGUACUGCCGCGUCUGCAGCCUCAUCCUCAAAGGGGACCAGGUGGCCGCUCUGCAGGGACACCAGUCUGUCAUCCAGGCCCUGUCCCGGAAAGGGAUUUACGUGAUGGAGAGUGACGACACCCCCGUGACAGAGCCCGACCUCAGCCACGCACCCAUAAAGAUGGGCGCCCACAUGGCGAUGGUGGACGCGCUCAUGAUGGCCUACACCGUGGAGAUGAUCAGCAUUGAGAAGGUGGUGGCCAGCGUCCAGCGCUUCUCCACGUUCAGUGCCUCGAAAGAGCUUCCCUACGACCUUGAGGACGCCAUGGUCUUCUGGGUCAACAAGGUAAAUCUUAAAAUGAGAGAGAUAACAGAGAAAGAAGUUAAGUUAAAACAGCAGUUAUUGGAAAGUCCAGCUCAUCAAAAGUCUCCCUCCAAGUGGUACUGGAAGUUAGUGCCUGUGCGCUACCGCCGAGAGCACCUGUCAACGAGGCAGCCACCCUACUUCCCGUUGUUGGAGGACCUGAUGCGGGACGGCAGCCACGGGGCUGCCCUCUUGGCCGUGGUCCACUACUACUGCCCGGAGCAGAUGAAGCUGGACGAUAUAUGCUUGAAAGAGGUAACGUCGAUGGCGGACAGUCUGUAUAAUAUUCGGCUUCUGAGAGAAUUCUCAAAUGAAUAUCUUAACAAGUGCUUUUAUCUCACUCUGGAAGAUAUGCUCUACUCUCCCUUAGUGUUGAAGCCAAACGUCAUGGUUUUUAUUGCCGAGCUCUUCUGGUGGUUUGAGAACGUCAAACCAGACUUUGUUCAGCCCAGGGAUGUUCAGGAACUGAAAGAUGCUAAAUCAGUAUCGCACCCCAGAAGCACUCGGCCUCCUGUUCCCAUCUCCAACGCCACCAAGCGCAGCUUCCUGGGCAGCCCCGCGGCGGCGAGCCCAGCCGAUCUGCAGCCCCCCACCCAGCUGCACCACCUGCACCUCGAAGAGCCUGAGCUCCUGGGGAAAGGGGCCUCUGCCUUUAGCCCGUCGCAUCCGUUGUUGCCACUGAGACAGAAACAGCAAAAGACAGUGCAGGGAGAGGAGCCCCCCGACCAGCGACACCGAUCUAAUUCCUUAACCCGAGUCGACGGUCAGCCCCGAGGAGCGUCAGUAACCUGGACAGAAAAAAAACACAGGGCCUCACGAAGUGUGGGAUCACAGCAGGUUGAAUCAGAUCAGACACAAGCAUCCAACCAGAUGUCAGAUCUGCAGAAAUGUGAACGGCCUGCGUCUCAGCCAGCGCCCUUUGCUCUCCAUCAUGCUGCGAGCUGCGACGUGGACCCGGGCUCCGGUGACAGCGUCAGCCUGGCCCGCUCCAUCAGCAAGGACAGCUUGGCAUCCAGUGUCAUUCAUCUGACCCCGCAGAACCAGCCCCAGCCCGCAGCCCUCAGGACCGAUGGAAAAAGCCUCCUGAACAACGUCGAUAUCGAGGACGAGGACGAGGAGCUCCUGGCCGUCGUUAGGACGGAUGCGGCUCACCAGGGUGCUGACCCCGGCCGGGUGGCAAGUGCCAGGUCUCCCCAGAGGCUGGCGGACGCCUUAGAAAGUCAGCCCGACAGUUUCUUCCUGGAGCCAUUGAUGCCGGCCGUGCUCAGGCCAGCCAAGGAGAAACAGGCGGUCACCAAGGAGGACGAGUGUGGAGAGGGGCGGCCGAGGGGCUUCACGUCCCGGAGGUCCGGCGAGGGCCACCAGCUUCCUGGGCGGAAGAAGACGCCCGGCGGUCACGUCAGUCGAGACUUGAAUAGGACUUUCACCCCGAUCUCCUGUUCAGAGCUUCCCACGGGCUUCGACCCCACGCCCACUGAGGCGAGGCCGCAGGCAGUGGGGGACGCCCGUGGCGGGCCUCCGGCCAGCGGCAUCUUCAACCUGCCAUCUCAGGGACAGCCAGCUGACGGCUUCUUCCUUCACGUGGGCAGAGCUGACGAGGACGUGGAGGGCAGGCUGUCCGCGAGCUGUGUGCAGAGCCCCAGCACCCUUGGCCCGGAGGCCUGGGCCCUCCUGAGGCAGGACUCCGACUCGGACGUUGCAGACCUGGAAGGAGCCGAGCAGGACUUCGCCGGCGAGGACUGCCCCGUGGCGGGGGCCGGGUAUGCUGGGGAGGAGGAAUCGGCGAAGCUGCAGGAAGACCUGAAAGUGAAGGAGCACGAGGACAAGGACGACGCCAGCGGCCGCUCCAGCCCGUGUCUGAGCCAGCUCAGCAGCGUCUCCGUGGCCAGCGGGAGCGUGAAGAUGACCAGCUUUGCCGAGAGGAAGCUUCACCGGCUCAACAGCUGUGAGAGCAAGUCGAGCACCAGCAGCUCCCGGAAGACCACGCCCGAUGCCUCGGAGAGCUGCCCCGCCCCGCCGGCCGCGUGGACGCCGAGGGGCGAGCAGGGCCCCGGCUGGCAGGGCGCGGACCGGGCCAGCCUGCUGGCCUCCGAGCUGGUGCAGCUGCACAUGCAGCUGGAGGAGAAGCGCCGGGCCAUCGAGGCACAGAAGAAGAAGGUGGAGGCGCUGUCGGCACGGCAGCGCCUGAAGCUGGGCAAGGCGGCUUUUCUGCACGUGGUCAGGAGGGGCCGGGCCGACGCCACCCCUCGGCCGCUGAGAGCGGGGGCCUCGGCGGGGGGGCAUUCUCAGCACAAUGGGGACGACUUCGAUGGCGGCGUGUCCCGGGUGGGAGACUUCCUCGGCAAGGAGGAGGGGCGGGGAGACCUCCUGGGGCCUCCCGACCUGGACGGAGAGGACCUGGCUCUGGUCCAGCAGCAUCCACGGAAGGACCCCGCCGCCCUCCCCGAGCUGGAGCGGAGCAAGGCGCUGUCGGCGGUGCUCCUGGAGGCUGUCGAGGGCGUGGACGUGGGCGUGGACGUGGGCGAGUGCGACCUGUCCAUUGAGAAGCUGAAUGAGACCAUCAGCACGCUGCAGCAGGCCAUCCUCAGGAUCUCCCAGCAGCAGGAGCAGCUGCUGCUCACGUCCCCCACGCUGCCCACGCCAGGCCCCAGGAACAACUCCCAGGACCCGAAGGUCAAGGGGGCCAUCCACUUCGUCGAGCCGCUCUCUCCAACGGCACUGGCCGGCCACCGCAAGCCCCCUCGUCUCGGUGCGGGUCGGAAUUCCCGUUCGGGAAGACCGGCUGAGCUGAAGGUGCCGAAGGAGCGGGCGCAGGCUUCCUCCCGGGGCAAGGCCCUCACGCCUGGGGUCGAGGCCGCCCCUCGCCUACGGUCCUUCUCCCCCCGGACGCCCUCUGACCCAGGCUGGGAGGGGGUUGCCGACCCCGGGAGUGACCCCCACGAGGAGUGCUGCUUCACCGGUUACAGGCUCCACGAUGAGAGCAACCAGCGGACAUUUGUCUUGCCCUCCUCCAGGGAUGCCGGCGUCACCUCGGAACAGAUGGGCUUCAGGGAGGUUCUGGAAGACGGCGUGAGGGGGGCGGGGCCAGGAGAGGGGGGCGCGGCCCUGGACGGGCCCCCGAGGGGCAAGGCUAGCCUCAUCGAGGUGGACCUCUCCGACCUGAAGGCCCCCGACGAUGAUGGGGCGACGGAAGGCCGCCACAGCUCCGCGGACCUCGCCAGCGAGGGCGACCAGAAGCCGGGGGUCGGCUUCUUCUUCAAGGUGGCGUCUGCCCUGCAGGACGAACAGAAGGCGGAUGACGAGCUCGCCAGGAAGCGGGCGGCCUUCCUCCUGAAGCAGCAACGCAAAGCCGAGGAGGCCCGCGUGCGGCGGCAGCAGCUGGAGGUGGAGGUCGAGCUCAGGAGAGACGAGGCGCGGCGUAAAGCGGAGGAAGAUCGGAUCCGCAAGGAGGAGGAGAAGGCGCGGCGCGAGCUCAUCAAGCAGGAGUACCUGCGGCGGAAGCAGCAGCAGGUCCUGGAGGAGCAGGGCCUGGGGAAGCCCAAGUCCAGGCCCAGGAAGCCGCGGCCCAAGUCCGUGCAUCGGGAGGAGCCCGGCGGCGACUCGGGGCCCAAGAGCACCCCCCCACCGGAUGACCUGAGCCGGGCCCAGUCGGGCUCCAGCCUGUCCUUGGCCUCCGCAGCGACCACAGAGCCCGAGAGCGUGCAUUCGGGGGGCACGCCUUCCCAGCGCAGAGUCGAGUCCCUGGAAACCUUGCCCAUCCUGAGCCGCAACCCCAGCAGGAGCACCGACAGAGACUGGGAGACGGCGUCCGCCGCGUCCUCCCUUGCCUCGGUGGCCGAGUACACAGGUCCCAAGCUGUUUAAGGAGCCUAGCAGCAAAUCAAACAAACCAAUUAUUCACAAUGCUAUAUCCCAUUGCUGUCUGGCCGGAAAGGUGAAUGAACCUCACAAGAAUUCAAUAUUAGAGGAGCUGGAGAAGUGUGACGCGAAUCACUACAUCAUACUGUUUCGUGAUGCUGGCUGCCAGUUCAGGGCACUUUAUUGCUACUAUCCUGACACUGAAGAAAUCUACAAACUAACUGGCACAGGGCCAAAGAGCAUCACCAAGAAGAUGAUCGACAAACUGUAUAAAUACAGCUCAGACCGAAAACAGUUUAACCUGAUCCCGGCCAAAACCAUGUCCGUCAGUGUGGACGCGCUCACCAUUCACAACCACUUGUGGCAGCCCAAGCGGCCCUCGGUGCCAAAGAAGACACAGACUCGUAAAUGACCCUGGUGCGGCAGGAGUCCGAGGACGCGCCGGCCAGCUCGAUAUGUAUUAUGUUCAUCCUUUUGGGUACGAAGUGUGCAAAAUCACAGACCUUUUUCAAAGAGGCUUCUAGACAACACGAGAAAACCCUCCCUUAGGUCCCAGCACACAGGACGGCAGGUGGAGCCGGAGUGAGGACUCAGCUCCGUUUCCAGCGGCUCGCGGCCGCCGUGGUCACCGCUACGCGGAGGCUCCCAGACGGGGGGUGCGUGCCCAGAAGCUCCAGGCAGCGGAUUCCUUUUACUUGAAGUUCUCCUUCGGUAUAAAUUAAAAAGUGAUUUCCUUUGCUUUCUUGCCUCUCACCUCACCCCCUUUUGCACAUGACCUGACACCCCUCUUGUUGGCCAGCUGUAAUCUCACGAGAUUAUAGGACUGAGACUCGAUCUUGGGUCAGGGUUUUUGAAUGUCUGUAGGAAAGGAGCUCGUGUUGGGGAAAUCGUUUUCAUUUGAGAAAUUGUAUAUUUAUUGAUUGUGUCUACUGCCAACGUUUAUAUCCAAUUCUAAGAUUUCUGAAAAAAAUUCUUGUUCCUUGCUGCUCAGAAAAAGUUUACUGAAAAUACCAGUUCACUAAAAGCACUGAAAUCUGCAAAGUCUGUCUUCUGCUAAAAUAACGUUUACAAGUACGGAGGGGUUCUCGCCGACACGCAAUCACGAGGAUGGUGAAUGGUACUCUUGCUGGCGCUUGCCUCGUUGAAACUAGGAAGCAGAGCCAAUUACAGCCCUCGUUCAUUACGUCUGGGGUAGUGCACUCAUGCUUUGUUCACUGUAAUAAAGACGGAUUUUGGUAAAGCAGAA